UGGGACUCGUCGUCUCGUACCAUGGAAGCUAUUUUCAGAAGGGCACUCGGUCGCUGGCGUCUCAAGCCAUGAUGCCAAAUGCCAAUGAUGGAAUGUUUCGGCUCCACAAUGUUUCAAGAAGCUGAUAGGCAAAUUGUGAUCAUCUUUAGUGGAGACGCAAAAGUGAGGGGAAACUCAAAACACUUCGGACCAAGCGACGCCAAGGGGAGCGCUGCUUCGACGUUGCGGUAGCGGUAGCGGUAGCGGUCGCUCCUGGGAUUGACUUUGGAGUUUGAAGGGAUUCCUAUCCGAGCUUUCGGAUGAACUUUGGAACCUUCCCCCUUUUAGAAAACCCAAAAACUUAUCGUCGAUAACGCUUAGCCGACCGCUGACCAGCCACAAACAAACCCAACCGGUUACCGAGACGAGACGAGAGCCAACCUCAACCUCAACCUCCCAACCCAACGGAGCAAACCUAGCCAGAGUCGCAAUGAAAGCAGCGACCAGCCGCACGGCACCUUGCGGCUCAGCUGACAUUCGCAUUCCCAUUUUCAUGAAGCUCCCCUUCCGCAAAGACAUGUAAAACAGAGCCCAACAAAGUCAAUCCUCGCAGCCCAAGUCUCGGGUGGCAGAUUUAUUUAGGUCCUGGCGCGCGCAGUGACCAGAGACCCAAAUGCAACCCGUGGCUGCAUUUACCGCACGCUCUCUUCCUGCGGGGAAAGGGUGCUCUCCAACUAAGCUCUCCACCCCUCAGCAACUCCAAUUCCUGCCCUUGUACUUCCACGUCUGCAUUGCAUCUACAUGUAUGUACUUGCCCACAGCGUCCAAUCCGCUACACGAAGAUCUCCGAAUCUGAUGAGAUAUUAAUAAUUGUCUACAAUGAUGAUGCAAAAUGGCAGCGCGGACGACUCCAGAAGGACCUCGGGUGGGUCUAAUGACCCCUUUUUCACCACCGUAAUCGAGAAGCGAUCUGACAAGGCCACCCCAAGCAGGCAGUUAGGCUUUGCUCGUGCUCACCUCUCCCCCACCCAUAUCCUUGAGAAACACACUCCUGUUCAUCGGCGACAAAAAUACCAUCAACGUUUAUUUCAAUCAGCAUCAACAACGAGCACAGUAAAUCCCCUCACCGCUCUCAAGACACGGGCCAGGUCGAACUUUAUUUAUAUAGACCAUCUUACCCCUCAAUUCAACGGUCAUCCAAACUUCCUUCCAUCUUCUUCUUCUGCUUCUAGAGCAAGCCCUCUUAUCAUCAUCGAAGUUUAACUUACCUUCUCAACCACAAUCUUCAAAAUGGCCCCUUCACGAACCGACGACAUUGAUUAUCAGGACUAUGAGAUCCCGGAGCCAAAGGUUUCCUACGAUAUCAAUGUUCCUUACAUGCCGCCCUCUGGAGAUUAUGAAGCCAGAAUCAAAAACAAUACGGAAUUUCCGGACUAUCUUCCUGUAUGGGAGAAAGGUGUCUGGUUUGAUAGGGUGCCAGAGUUCGAAUACUAUGAUCCGGCUCUUCGAGCUGACAGAACAAUGCCUCAUCUUUUCACGGCUGGUGUAAAAGCAAUCCCACUUACCCCAAAGAUGGGCACAAUCUUAACCGGAGUGAAACUGGAAACUCUAUGCCAGGCAGCUAAGGACGAACUUGCUCUCCUGAUCUCGCUUCGCAAAGUGGUGGUUUGCCGAGAGCAGUCAGACUUUUUGCACGCGGGCCCCGCAUUCCAAGUCGACUUCAUGGAACAUUUUGGAAAGCUCAGCCAUCAGCCUGUAACAGGGGCUGUCAAAGGAUAUCCCCAAUUCCACAUCAUUCACAGAGACGGAAACAAAAAGGAAAUCGCCAACUUCUUCAAACAAAAGACAUCGAGCUGUAUAUGGCAUCACGACGUUUCUUAUGAGAAGCAGCCACCAGGAUACAUCAUGCUCGGUAUCUUGGCCUGCCCUGACGUUGGAGGAGAUACCGUUAUUGCGGACAUGUCUGAAGCCUACAGACGCUUGUCUCCAGCAUUUCAAGGAAUGGUCAACCAAAUGACGGCAGUCCAUACAUCGGAGAAACUGAUUGCCCAUGCGAGAGCAAACAAAGGCCUUGUUCGAAGCAACCCAGUUGAUACCGAACAUCCCGUCGUACGAGUCCAUCCAGUGACUGGUGAGAGAGCGCUAUUCACAAACGCUGAAUGGCCCAAAGAGUACAUUGGAUUGAAGGAGGAAGAGUCUGAGGUUGUCGUUAAAUUCUUGCUUGACCACAUUCGAAUGGGACAUGACUUUCAAGCCAGAGUCCAUUGGGAAAAACAUUCAGUUGUUAUGUUCGAUGGCCGAACAACUCUUCGUAAGUUUUCAAAUUAUUCUAACGGAGGAUAUUGCUCAUACCAUUCAUUAGAUACUGCGACGGUAGAUUAUGAUAAUGCUGAUCAAGCACGUCAUCUCUUUCGCCUUGCCGCAAUGACCGAAGUUCCGAUCUCUGUUGCCGAAGCUGAAUCUCAAGGUGUCUAUUAAGGGCCUGUAAUUGCGAAGCUGGCUUUUAGUUGCAUUUUUUUACAUUUUUUUGUAUUUAUUUGCGCACAUUUUUGUCACUUCCAUUAUACCCAUCAUGUUUUUCUUAUUGGAGGAUUUAUGAGCGACUUUUUGUUUUUCUUGCUUUUUGUUUUUCUUGUUUUCGUUUUUUUGGGGGAGUCUAUAGUUUUUCAAUCGGUUUUUGUUUUUGCGAAUUUAGCCAGCUUGUGUUUUUGGUUUUGUUUGGUCGAGGCGUAAAUUAUGUUUGGAAAGCAAUUUGAAAUUUUCUUGCAUCUCUUUUUUCCAAAAAUCCCUUUAUCACUUAGCGCAGGCGUUCAGGAUUGCUCAAUAAAAUUAUCAUUAUCAUCUUCUUGCUUUCUUAUGAUUUUUAUCUGGGAAGCUUGGGUUGAAUAAUCAUCUAGAAGAAAUAUCUUAGAGGUAUCUUGUCUUCUGCAUUUUAAGUCAAGCGACAUUACCAGUGAAUUUUGAUUUCACAUUCCCGCUAUGCUAUUUUCAUAAGCCUUUUCCAAUUUCUCCUAACAAGAGAGCUUGACAGGUUGCCAUUAUUCAAUGUACAGUACAUACUGAAAUAAAAACCACCCCAGAAGACUUGGACAAUGAAACCAUUUAUGCGCA